AUGUCGAGCGGCAGCCUCGUCAUCUCGCCGGACUUCCAGCACAUCCUCCGCGUGCUGAACACGAACAUCGAUGGCCGCCGCAAGGUCAUGUUCGCGUUGACGUCCAUCCCCGGCGUGGGCCGGCGAUUCUCCAACGUCGUCUGCAAGAAGGCGGCCGUCGACGCGCACAAGCGCGCGGGCGAACUGACCGCGGACGAGGUCGAGAAGCUCGUGGCCAUCAUCCAGAACCCGAAGCAGUUCAAGAUCCCCGCCUGGUUCCUCAACCGGCAGAAGGACUACAAGACGGGCAAGUACAGCCAGGCCUUCGCGAACACGCUCCAGCAGAAGCUCCGCGAGGAUCUCGAGCGGCUCAAGAAGAUCCGCGCGCACCGGGGCCUCCGCCACUACUGGGGCAUCCGCGUCCGCGGCCAGCACACCAAGUCCACGGGCCGCCGCGGCAAGACCAUGGCCGCGACGAAGAAGUAG